UUUCGCCAUGCCAAUCAUUGAUUUGUAAACCCUACUCUACAACAACCCGACUUUCAGACGGGUUUGGGGGUUUUUAUGCAUAGGAAAAUAUAUAUUUGAACGGUUCGCAACGCAAUACAAGAGAAUUUUACAGUCUGAAAUUUUGAAUUUCUCGUUCCUCUCAACUUCUCAGUGCUCGUCCUUGUCUUCAAUGGCGAUUUCAGCCCCCAGGUGUUGGUUCUCUUCGGUCUUCUCCUCGUAUCGCUAUCCCACUCCCUUCCCAUGCCAAUCCCCCAUCUUACGCAGAUCCAUUUCUACAGUGACUCCCACUGCCAUCAAUCAGAGGUCCCAUUGUAUGGUCGCACCGAAUGCAAUCAAUUACAGAAAGAGAUCUUCGAUCCCACCUAACAAAAUUAACAAACAGCAGAAGAGUGCUGGUGGAUUAAGAGAAGAAAAGAGCUACGCAUUUCGCGAUAGAAAGUGUUGGAAGAGGGACUUGAGAGUAUGUCAAACAGCAGCAUUCAGAUCCUUUUCCACUCAGUCGCAGGAAGACGACGAAGAGAUGGAGUCCGGCCAUGCCGACGUUGCCUAUGACUGCCGCUUCUUCCGAGUUUACAAAGAUGGUCGUGUUCACAAGUAUCACCCCACUGAUAAAAUCCCCUCCUCCGACCACCCUCAAACUGGUGUUCGCUCUAAGGAUGUCGCCGUUUCCUCCGAAACCGGCGUCUCAGUCCGGUUGUUCCUCCCCAAAAUCGACGACCCAGGUAAAAAGCUCCCUCUCCUGUUCUACAUCCAUGGUGGCGGCUUCUCCUUCUUGUCUGCCUUCUCUCCUUCCUACGACAGCUAUCUCAAGUCCCUGGUGGCCGAAGCCAACGUCAUUGGCGUCUCAGUCGAGUACAGACUAGCGCCAGAGAACCCGAUCCCAGCUUGUUACGACGAUUCGUGGGCGGCGCUCCGGUGGGUAGCGUCCCACGCUGAUGGGAAUGGUCCUGAGCCGUGGUUGAACAGCCACGCGGAUAUGAACCGGGUUUUCAUCGCCGGAGACAGUGCCGGCGGGAACAUCGCACACACAUUAGCGGUUCGGGUCGGUUCGAUCGAGUUGCCGGGUGCAAAGGUGGUGGGAGUGGUUUUGGUUCAUCCUUACUUUGGAGGGACAGUUGAUGAUGAGAUGUGGCUGUACAUGUGUCCAACCAACAGUGGGUUGGAAGACCCUAGACUGAAACCGGCUGCAGAGGAUCUGGCUAGAUUAAGGUGUGAGAGGGUGCUGAUUUUCGUGGCGGAGAAGGAUCAUUUAAGAGAAAUAGGAUGGAGAUACUAUGAGGAUUUGAAGAAGAGUGGAUGGAAAGGGACGGUGGAGAUUGUGGAGAAUCACGGAGAGGAGCAUGGAUUCCAUUUGGACAACCUCACAGGUGAUCAGACCGUCGAUCUUAUCGCUAGGUUCGAGUCUUUCAUCAAUAAAGAUUAGUUGGCCGGAGCUGAAUGUGGCUAGUAGCAUGGAUUUUCCUGGUUUAUCCCUGUUAACUUCAAUGAUCUUAGCAAAUAAUUGAUCUUAACAUAUAUACUCUGCUUAUCUUAUUAUGUUGUAUUAGGAGUUUAAUUUUUUAAUUGGAAAUGCCUUCAUAUUGAUCCUUACUAGA